AAUCCAGAACUGGUAACAGCCCAUAUGGAUUGUGAAUAUAAUUUUAUGUGGUAUACAGCUGCUGCAUGUCCUCUGAAAAGCAAUAUGCACAAUAAUUGCACUGUGUCUAACCCUCGAACAGGUCAUCUCUUUGACCUUAAUCCUUUAAAGAGACAGGCUGGCUACACUCUCUUAGAUUUUGUGAACCAGAGAAUGCUCCAGUUGAGUGUGUGUGAUGAACCGAAAAGUUCAUGCGGUGGAGACACUGGUAAAUUUUGACUUGCUGAG